GGCGGCUGGUACUACCAGUCGGGAGCAUCGGAACCGUGGUGUUAUUGUUCCCGUGCCGUUAAUUUCAGUGUAGAAGGACUCGGCGCGCGGGCUCGUACCGCGAUGGGUGAGACGAGGCAGUGGGGGAUCUGGGAUGGGGAGUAAGAGGGGGGUAGCAGUGAGUGGGUAGCUAUUUGGGGUUGGAUGGGUCCACGGCUUGGUUCCUGGUGGUUCCUGGUGGUAGUGGUGGAAUAGACGGCACGGUUCGAGAGUUAAGCCUCGUGCGUCACUGUGCUUCGCCCUGAAUCAUCGAAAUGAAAAAUUGCCGGAAUCGCUCAAGUUGGGCUAGUUGGGCCAAGGCCGGAAGGACCAGUGUUUACACUGGCUGCUGAAACAUCACGUACUGGGAUGGUACAAAUGCCUCAGCAGCCAGUUCAGUUCCCAGCUGGAACCCUCGGGCGAUGCUCAGCGAAGAUCAUCGGUGCAUGCCGAGACUGGCGGGCAGCAAUCGUGACCCACAACCCCACGAGCUGCUACAACCUCGUCUGCCCACGCACACAACCCAGCAAAGGCGAAUAUCAUAUGGGCGUGGUGGUGGUGGAUUCAGCCCCGGUGGAUGGGAGUAUAAUUGGGACCACAACCAAUCCUGAGGUUGUGAGCGCGAGCUGGCAUAUACGAUAGUCUAUUGAGCCAGGGAGUCAAAAUCACAAUAGACACGAGGUGUUUGACACCCGAGAAAAGAACAAUAGGAUGUGUCAAGUGGCUUGUUUAUAUGAUUAGAACAUGUAUUGAUCUACUUUCAACGUGUGUAUUGGCCAG